AUGUAUCCUACAAGUUCUAUUUUAAAUUCUUCUCCUUGCGAGUUUAAAUAUACCGUAAGUAGCAAAGCUUUAAAUAAUCACCAAAGAGAAUUUUAUGAACAUAACGGUUACAUUGUAAUAAAGAAUGUGCUUAGUUCAGAAGAAAUUAAUAUUUACACUGAUCGUUUCUUGGAUAUUAUCAAUAAAAAAGUGAUUGUACCUAAAGGUUUAUUGGAAAUAGAGGAUUACUCUUUAUCACAAGAAGGAAAAACCGAUGGUGUUUAUCUUUAUUAUAAAGUUCAUAAUUUUUUAUAUGAUGAUAUUCUUUCUCAAUACGCCUCAAAUAAAAAAAUCAUCGGAGUAAUUCAGAGUAUAAUCGGAGACAACAUCACAGCUACUUUUUCAAUCGUUUUCAAUAAACCUCCGAAUGCCCACGAAGAUAGCUCAAAACACGUUUUGCAUCAAGAUCUUUAUAACUUUCCAUUUCGCCCGGCCGAAAAAAUCUGCGCCUCUUGGACCGCUUUGGAAAAAGUUUAUAAAGAGAAUGGGUGUCUUUUUGUUGUUCCUGGAACGCAUAAAUUCGAUUUAUAUCCACAUACACAAAUAAAUGCUAUGAAUAACCGUUAUCUUCAUGGUGUUCUUGGCUUUGAUCACCUUGAAAAAGUUUAUUUAGAGAUGGAUAAAGGGGAUACGGUGUUUUUUCAUCCGUUAUUAAUGCAUGGUUCAGGGCCAAAUCUUACAAAUGGGUUUCGAAGAAGUAUAUCUGUUCAUUACGCAAACAGUGAUUGUUAUUUUAUUGAUGUUGGAGAUACAGCUCAAAAUUUACUUCGUAAACAACUUGAUACCAUGAUGUUUAAGUUGGUAGGAUAUGGAUAUUAUGAUACUUUUAAAUUUAAUAGUAAGAUUAUUCAUGGACCAUUUGGAAAAUUUCAACAAGUACAAAAUAAAUUGUAAAGACUUA